GGCGCGCGCUCGCGGGUUGCCGGCGCCGCCGCGUCAUAUGACCCAGGUAAUUGGCUCGGCGCGCUGCGCACACCCUGCGCGCAGCCCCCAGACCUGCAGCCUCCUGGACCGCGCUGCCGCGCGGACUCCCGCAGGCCCGACUUGCUGCUGUUGCCCUGAGGAGCACAACUACCCUCGCUUGAGAAGACCACUUGCCUUCCCUUUGUCUCAUAAUGAGUCAGCUGAGGCUCCUGCCAUACCGGCUUGGGGCGCAGGCCGCAAGGCUCCUGGUCCCGCACGACGUCCAGCUACUCAGAUGGUGCAGCAGGUCUUCUGGGCCACCAGCCACCUUCCCAAGCAGCAGAGGUGGAGAUGGCUCCAGUUACAUGGAGGAGAUGUACAUCGCCUGGUUGGAAAACCCCCAGAGUGUCCAUAAGUCCUGGGACAGCUUCUUCCAGAAAGCCAGUGAGGAAGCCUCUUGGGGCCCGGCUCAGCCACGGCCUCCCUUUGUCGUCCCUGAGAGCAGGCCAGCAGUCUCGAGUUGGACCAAGACCAGCAAGCUGGUGGAGGACCACCUGGCCGUGCAGUCCUUGAUCCGGGCCUACCAGAUCCGAGGCCACCAUGUGGCCCAGCUGGACCCCCUGGGCAUUCUGGAUGCAGACCUGGACUCCUUUGUGCCCUCAGACUUAAUCACAACCAUCGAUAAAUUGGCCUUCUACGACCUGCGGGAGGCUGACCUAGAUAAGGAGUUCCAGUUGCCCACAACCACCUUCAUCGGGGGCUCUGAGCACACCCUCUCCCUGCGAGAGAUCAUUCGGCGCCUGGAGAGCACCUAUUGCCAGCACAUUGGCCUGGAGUUCAUGUUCAUCAAUGAUGUAGAGCAGUGCCAGUGGAUCCGGCAGAAGUUCGAGACCCCUGGCGUGAUGCAGUUCUCUAGUGAGGAGAAGCGGACCCUGCUGGCCCGGCUGGUGCGCUCCAUGAGGUUUGAAGACUUCCUGGCCCGGAAGUGGUCAUCAGAGAAGCGGUUUGGUCUGGAGGGCUGUGAGGUCAUGAUUCCUGCCCUCAAAACCAUCAUUGACAAGUCCAGCGAGAUGGGAAUUGAGAAUGUCAUUCUGGGGAUGCCACACAGGGGCAGGCUGAAUGUGCUGGCCAACGUGAUCCGCAAGGACUUGGAGCAGAUCUUCUGCCAGUUUGACCCCAAGCUGGAGGCGGCAGACGAGGGCUCCGGGGAUGUCAAGUACCACCUCGGCAUGUACCAUGAGAGGAUCAACCGGGUCACGAACAGGAACAUCACUUUGUCCCUUGUGGCCAACCCCUCCCACCUGGAAGCUGUGGACCCUGUGGUGCAGGGGAAGACGAAGGCAGAGCAGUUUUACCGAGGGGAUGCCCUGGGCAAGAAGGUCAUGUCCAUCCUGGUCCAUGGAGAUGCUGCCUUUGCCGGCCAGGGUGUCGUCUAUGAGACCUUCCACCUGAGCGACUUGCCCUCUUAUACCACCAACGGUACUGUGCACGUCGUCGUCAAUAACCAGAUAGGCUUCACCACUGACCCCCGAAUGGCCCGCUCCUCACCGUACCCCACCGAUGUGGCCCGGGUGGUCAAUGCACCCAUCUUCCACGUGAACGCAGAUGACCCAGAGGCCGUGAUAUAUGUGUGCAGUGUGGCGGCCGAGUGGAGGAACACCUUCAAUAAAGACGUCGUGGUGGACCUGGUCUGUUACCGCCGGCGUGGCCACAAUGAGAUGGAUGAGCCCAUGUUCACGCAGCCACUAAUGUACAAGCAGAUCCACAGACAGGUGCCGGUGCUGAAGAAGUAUGCAGAUAAGCUCAUUGCUGAGGGCACAGUCACCUUGCAGGAGUUCGAGGAAGAAAUUGCUAAAUAUGACCGGAUCUGUGAGGAGGCGUACGGCAGGUCCAAGGAUAAAAAGAUCCUGCAUAUAAAGCACUGGCUGGACUCUCCCUGGCCUGGCUUCUUCAAUGUGGAUGGAGAGCCCAAGAGCAUGACGUGCCCAGCCACGGGUGUUCCUGAGGAUGUGCUGACCCACAUUGGCAGUGUGGCCAGCUCUGUGCCCCUGGAGGGCUUUAAGAUCCACACAGGCCUCUCUCGAAUCCUGCGGGGCCGUGCAGACAUGACCAGGAAGCGGACAGUGGACUGGGCGCUGGCAGAGUACAUGGCCUUCGGUUCGCUGCUUAAGGAGGGCAUCCACGUGCGGCUUAGUGGGCAGGAUGUGGAGAGGGGCACGUUCAGUCACCGGCAUCAUGUUCUCCAUGACCAGGAAGUUGACAGGAGGACGUGUGUUCCCAUGAACCACCUUUGGCCAGACCAGGCUCCCUACACCGUGUGCAACAGCUCCCUCUCGGAAUAUGGAGUUCUGGGCUUUGAGCUGGGCUAUGCCAUGGCCAGCCCCAAUGCCCUGGUCCUCUGGGAGGCUCAGUUUGGUGACUUCCACAACACGGCCCAGUGCAUCAUCGACCAGUUCAUCAGUACCGGCCAGGCCAAGUGGGUGCGGCACAACGGCAUCGUCCUGCUGCUGCCCCACGGCAUGGAGGGCAUGGGCCCGGAGCACUCCUCAGCAAGGCCGGAAAGGUUCCUGCAGAUGAGCAACGAUGACUCGGAUGCCUACCCUGUGUUCACUGAGGACUUUGAGGUGAGCCAGCUUUAUGACUGCAACUGGAUUGUGGUCAACUGCUCCACGCCGGCCAGCUACUUCCAUGUGCUGCGUCGGCAGAUCUUGCUGCCCUUCCGCAAGCCGCUGAUCAUCUUCACACCGAAAUCUCUGCUGAGGCACCCAGAGGCCAAGUCCAGCUUUGACCAAAUGGUGUCCGGGACCAGCUUCCAGUGGGUGAUUCCUGAGGAUGGGGCUGCCGCGCAGGCCCCUGAGCAGGUGCGGCGGCUCAUCUUCUGCACGGGAAAGGUAUACUAUGACCUGGUGAAGGAGCGGAGCAACCUGGGCCUGGAGGAGCAAGUGGCCAUUACACGCCUGGAGCAGAUCUCACCAUUCCCCUUUGACCUGAUCAAGCGAGAGGCAGAGAAGUACCCAGGUGCAGAGCUGGUGUGGUGCCAGGAAGAGCACAAGAACAUGGGCUACUAUGACUACAUCAGCCCUCGCUUCAUGACCAUCCUGAGCCGGGCGCGGCCCAUAUGGUAUGUUGGCCGGGACCCAGCAGCUGCACCGGCCACAGGAAACAGGAACACUCACUUGGUGUCUCUGAAGAAGUUUCUGGAUACUGCCUUCAAUCUCAAGGCCUUUGAGGGCAAGACAUUUUAGAGCUGGGCAAGGUCCGGCUGGGUCCUGCUUGGGGACCUAGGAAGCUGGUGAGGGAGGGGUGGUGCUCCUACCCAGAAGGGCUUUCUGGGGCUACAGGAUAAAACAUACUCAUGUAGGGAUUGAGGCCAAAGAGUAGGCACUGCUGGCUUCAGUAUCACACCAUCUUGGGCCUUUGUGUUUGUUUCAGAAUCUAUCGGGACUGAACCAACCAGAGGGGUCUGAUAGAUGGGAUGUAGUUGCUGAGUGUUUCCAGAGCUGCCCUGGUCUUUCUGGAAUUUUUGUGUGGCUUCCCCAUCUAUGUCCUUCCUGUCUCUGCAGGCAGCCACCCAAGAGGCGUGUACUUUGGUCUCCCUCCCAUCCUGGGAGAUCUGGCUGCUACUCACCCACUCCGUCCUUGUUCUUCUGUAGAUUCAAGGAAUGUUCUCUUUUGUGCUCUUAGAAAUAGAAAUUUUAGCAAUAACAGCCAGGUGAAGCAAAACCAUGCCAGGUGAUUUAUAUGUGCUCUGUUUUAUGGGGCGUGUCAUAAUGAGAUAUGUCAGCUUCUGUGUGAAAUACAGCCACAGCUCAUGUGUACCAAAGUAGAAAACCAAAUAAUGGAUAAAUAAAAAAAUGCUUAC